AUGAGGCAAGAACCACAAUCGAUGGUGAAACCAGUCGUGAAGGCCAGUAUCUGUGGAAAGACAAACUGUCAAGUUAUGCUUGAACUUGUCAUUGCGGAGUUAAGAGCAGGAGAUUACCGUAGUAGAAUGCCUGAUGCUGCUGCUAAGAAAAGAAAUGAGAACAAAUACCUUGAGUUAGUGGGAGAAAAUAUUUGUUGGGAUCCAGAAAUAACUAACAAAGUUGGUUAUUUUCGUAAACUAUGGAGUAUCAAUUGUCAACUGAUGAAACGCACUGGAGUUGCUGUUGAUCAAUCAACUGGACAAAUAGAUAUGAUGCAAACUUGGUGGGCUGAUCGGAUUUCAGAAUAUGGAAAUAAAGGAAAAUUUGUUAGCGUGUUGCAAAAGAAACCGUUGCCGUUCAAAGAUUUGCUAGAACAAGUUUUUGGUGAACAUGAUGUUGAGAAGGAUGACCGCUAUUCUCCCCAUAUGCUUGGCCAACAUCUCCAGCAGACUCAGACUUCUUUAGCUAGCAACGAUGACACAGUAUUUGACCAAAUGCAAGAAGAUCAAAGUGUUGAACCAAUUACAGAUGUGCCUACCAAUCAAGGAACCCAACCAGCAAUUCGAAACAUAUUAAACUGUCGCCCUCCAAGAAGAAGAAGUAGCUUUGAAACACAGGUUGAGAGUGGAUUUCAACGUGUAAUAAAUUCUCGUCAAUACAUUUUGGAACAAUUACGCUCACGAAAAGUUCAGAAGCUAUUAUAUGUGAUGCGACGGCUGUUCUAG